AUGGCUCUUAAGGCGACCGUCGUGGCUGAAAUCGGUGAAUUCUCACUGAAAAUCAUAAAAUUUAAUGUCUGCAAGGGCCCAAAGAGAAUUGACUGCACCAACUUAACAACGAGCAUACUCAAUGAAACAAAUUUAAUAAUAAACCUCGAAAUUAAGAAAAAUCUCACCGUAAAUCGGGGAAAAAUUGUAUCACUGGUAAACAACAAACCACUUGUGAGACUGCAGAUGAAAAAUCCAUGCGACCACCUAUUCAUGAAGACAAUGUUUCAAACAAUACUGAACAUUACUCAGAAUUGUAUAUUCAUAAAGUCAAAAAAAUUUCUAAAUGUAGAUAUUGAUGAAAUAGCGAAAAAUUACUAUGGAGGAAUGUUUUUAUAUGGAAAUAUAACUUUUAAAUCUGUUUUUUACAACGACGAAUGCAACUUCUCCUGCACCGUUGCUGAAGUUGCCUUAUCUCCUAGGAAGAAUAAAAAAACAAAAUAA